AUGGUUAUGUUUCAGAAUUUUUUUCAAGUGCAACGAGGUGUACGACAAGGGUGCCCGCUAUCUCCAUUGUUGUUUGUCAUAGUGGCGGAGGUGUUUGGACAAGCGAUUCGGAAGUGCCCAGAAAUACAGGGAUUGCGUGUGCCUGGAGGGAAGGAAGUGAAAAUAUCACAAUAUGCUGAUGAUAACACCUGCAUUGUUACCAAUUCAUAUGGCCUUGUUAAAGUCAUCGAUGUCUUUAAUGAAUAUGGUCGAGCAUCCGGAGCAAGGCUUAAUACAACGAAAUCAAAGGGUCUUUGGCUCGGUAGGUGGCGAUCUCGUACUGAUUCACCCUGUGGUCUAACGUGGGUUAACACGAGCUUAAAAAUUGUUGGUAUUUACUUUGGUUCCGAAAAUGUAAAUAUCCAGUCAUGGGCAGAGGUUACGGCCAAAUUCAAGGGAAUAUUGAAGAAAUGGGAACCACGGUAUCUAACGUUACGGGGGAAAAUGACGGUGAUCGGGAGUCUGGUGGCUUCGACGCUUUGGCAUGUGGUAAAGAUAUACCCGCUAACGCGUGAAUGUAUUGCCUCGCUACAAUCAGAAAUUUGGAAAUUCGUUUGGUCAAAGAAACCGGAGUGGGUGCGUCGGGAAACGUGUAUGUCAGACUAUCUGAAUGGGGGUCUGCGAAUUAUUAAUCUUGACAUCAAAAGCAAAGCAUUGUUGAUUGGUCGUGUUUUCCGAUUUUUUGAGGAGAGUGAGGCACCUUGGAAAGAUUUCAUGCGUUAUUAUAUCGGACGGUCUUUAGGCAUAAACGAUAACUCGAGACCAAAUAGCGACAUUCCAACUCCGUUUUAUAGUCAUCUUCUUCGUGUUCUGAGAGAAUUUGCUGUUGAUUUGGGACAACCUCGCACGAGUAAAAUGUAUUAUUUAAAACGUAUUGAAGAUUGUGUUACCCCGGUACAAGCAAGAAGCGAGUUAGCUUGGAAUCAAAGAUUUGGUCCUGGUUUAAUCUGGAAAGAGAUUUGGACAGAUGUCGCUCGAAGUUUCAAUGAUCCAGUGUUACGUGAUUUUGAUUGGCGCGCGGUACAUCGGGUUUUGCCUGUCAAUUUCAGAGUGCAUAAAUGGUAUUCAAGAAUAUCCUCAGCAUGUGCACGGUGUGGUGAAAGAAUCGAAACAUUGGAACACACGUUGAUUCAUUGUCCGAUGGUAAAGGAGCUGUGGAUGUUUAUUCUGAAACUGUGCAAUCAAAUUGAUGCAUCGGUUAUUGGUCUGUCAGAACGGAAUAUGUUGUUGGGUUGUUUCCCGCGAACAAGAACAAGAGACCUUUUGCGUUACUUAAUUAGUGUUGGCAAAUUUUCCGCGUGGAAAGAGCGCGUGUCAUAUCAGUUUAGGAAGGAUGAGAAAAUCAACAGUCUUGUAUAUUUUAGGAAUUAUGUGCGAACUCGAUUAGAAACAGAACAGGGCAUCAUGGGCACGAAAAACUUUGAGUCAAAAUGGUGUUUAAACAAUGUCUUAGCAUGUGUCACAAACGGUAUAAUUCGAACUUUGAUCUAACAGUCAAUAUUUGUGUGACUUAAUGUAAAUAAUUUAAUGUAAUCUAAUGCAUGUGAAUUGUGUGUCAAAUAAUUUUGAUUCCCCGUAGUGAUAUACACUAUGUGGGGUUUUUAAUAAAAAAUUACUCUUACCUAAUGGUAGAGUUUUGACGGG